AGUUGUAUGUGGAGCUCACCAAAGAUCUUUUGGACACAUACUUGCGAGCACACAUGGAGGAGCAGGUUGAAAAAGUGCUAUUGGGGCUAGUCUUUGAAGAAGACAUUGUGCAACGUGAGGUGGUGGAGGAGACGAGGGGGGCUACUAAUGAGAUUGAAGAAGUGGAAGAAGAAAGGGAAGAGAGUGAGGAGGUGGAGGAGACGAGGGGGGCUACUAAUGAGAUUGAAGAAGUGGAAGAGGAAAGGGAAGAGGAAGCAGCGGAACAUCGUAUUGACAUCGGAGAAGGAGAAGAAGCUCAUGACAACAAAAUUGUUGGAGAAGAAAAGAAAGAGUUCCCAUUUAGAUUACAACUCCUCUUUUUCAUCAUGGCUACUAUCGAGAUGGCUUGCAACAUUGCCGCACUUAUUAUCAAAAAAGGUGUGCCUGCCAAAACUCUUUCUACUGUGGCUUCCACACUGGGCAUGAUUGGUGUGGUUACCUCAGUGAGCAUGAUUAUUGGUAUGGCUUAUCCCUUGGUAGCGCUCCACACUUUACACCAGAUUUGGGAAGCUAGCAUUUUCUUGGUAGAGUUCUUCACAAUUUCCUAUUCAUGUUGGAUCUCUAAACCAGUUGAGAAUGUGGUGCACUUUCCC